AUGGAAAUUUAUCCAAUAUGGCUGAGGUAUCAGCACAAUUUGAAGUGCACAGUGGCAAAAGCCUUUUUAGAGAGAAUUGAAACAUUGACUGGUGCGAAGAAUUUGAAAAAUGCUAAGAGAAAACAAUAUGAGCACUAUGAAGCAUUUACUUUGCUGAAAAAGAAUGGUGACACUUGGGAUAGUGUAGCCAAAAGUAACCCAACAUUGUUAUGUAAAAAAAUUGGAUUUGCCUUAUUUGGUCUUCCCCCACCUCAGCUUGCUGACAGUAAUGAGAACAAUAUGAGUCUUGUAUCAACUUCUGGCAGUUAUGAAUUGAAAAUUGUUUCCUUACAGAAACCUAAAAAAUCAAAAAGAUACGAAUCACCUAUGUAAAGUUCAAUCAGGAUAUUCUAAUGAUCAAGAUAAACAAAUUGCAUCAAUUGGUAAUGUCAUUAUUUCUCGUAGCACAGGUUAUGAAAUAAAAUUUUCCUGUGUAUUUGUGACAUUUCAAGAAGACUCUACUAAAAUAGAAGGCAUUCCAA